AUGGCUGCUGCUGUGGCUGCUUGCAUCUUCUGUAAGAUCGUGAAGGGUGACAUCCCUUGCUUCAAGAUCUUUGAGAGCGAGCGGGUUCUGGCUUUCCUUGAUAUCCAGCCCCUGAGCAAAGGCCAUGCGCUCGUCAUCCCCAAGUUCCACGGAGCCAAACUCACCGAUAUUCCUGAUCAAGACCUUUCUGAGCUUCUGCCAGUUGCGAAAAAGAUAGCAACCGCCUCGGGCGCCGUCGAUUUCAAUAUCCUCCAGAAUAACGGGCGCCUAGCCCACCAGUUUGUUGAUCAUGUUCAUGUUCACAUGAUCCCCAAACCAAACGAGAAAGAAGGUCUCACAGUUGGCUGGCCGGCCUACGAUGCAGUCAAGGAUGACCUCAAGGUGCUGUGCGAGGUGUUGAAAUCGAAGAUGUAA